AUGGUGAACAUAAAGGAAGCGGCCCGCGCCGCCGUCACCGCAUAUGGCCUCGCCUCGGAGAAGGGCGGCAACACUUCAGUGCCACUACAAGAGGUCGCCGAGUCCCUGGCGUCAUUCUACCUCACCAACUUCACCAGCUUCACUCUCGGACAAGUGACGACUCUCCCGCAAGAUCCGGCACCGGGUGUCUUGAAACAGCUCCAGCUUCUCAACGAGAGCGGGCUCGGCACUGACAUUCGGCCCUGCGCGGCAAGGAUCGAGGUUGUGUCCUCGCAGAGCGCAAUGUGUUGGAUCACGUUUGAGAUAUUUCCUAGGACAAAGAAAAUCGACAGAUGGACUUGGACAAACAUCUACGGCUUCAGGCUGGGGGAGCCAAGAAAGAACGGCCUUGACGGCGGCUGGGAGUUCACGAACGCGGACCAGGAGUUUCAGAAACUGCUGGAGCGAGUGCCGGAUUUCUACACGGGUGGCAAGGUUCCGUAA